ACCGGCGCCGCGGGUGGCCGGAAGAACAGAACAGUCGAACGGUUGCUGCGGCGCCAGUCGCCGCGCCGGCCGCGGAAGCCAAGAAGAAAGCACCCUGUCCUGGACUUGGCUUGUUUUACACAUUAUUUUCUGCCUUCCUUCUCUCAGUGGCCUCUUUAUUGGUUAAAAAAGUACAAGACGUCCAUGCUGUAGAAAUUAGUGCGUUUCGAUGUGUGUUCCAAAUGCUAGUUGUUAUCCCUUGCAUAAUAUAUAAAAAAACUGGGUUUCUAGGCCCCAAAGGUCAACGAAUUUUCCUCUUCCUCAGAGGACUCAUUGGUUCUACUGCCAUGAUCCUUAUAUACUAUUCUUUCCAGACAAUGUCCCUCGCGGAUGCCACAGUUAUCACAUUUAGCAGUCCAGUGUUUACGUCUAUAUUUGCUUGUAUAUUUCUCAAGGAAAAAUAUAGCCCUUGGGAUGCUCUUUUCACCCUGUUUGCCAUCACCGGAGUGAUCCUUAUUGUGAGACCACCAUUUUUGUUUGGUUCCGACACUUCGGAGAUGGAAGAAAGCUAUUCAGACCGCCUUAAGGGGACGUUCGCAGCCGUUGGACAUGCCGUGCUUGCUGCGCUGACUCUAGUUCUCCUAAGGAAAAUCGGAAAAUCCGUGGACUACAUUUUAAGCAUUUGGUAUUAUGUAGUAAUUGGCUUACUUCAAAGCUCCAUUGUCCUCUCUAUAUUAGGAGAAUGGAGUCUGCCUUACUGUGGGUUGGACAGACUAUUUCUUAUCCUCAUCGGGCUCUUCGGUUUGGGAGGCCAGAUAUUUCUCACGAAAGCACUUCAAAUAGAAAAAGUAGGGCCAGUUGCCAUCAUGAGGACGAUGGAUGUGGUCUUUGCUUUUAUCUUUCAGAUUUUUGUAUUUAAUCAUGUGCCAACAUGGUGGACAGUGAGUGGUGCCCUCUGUGUCGUGGCCAGUAGUAUUGGGGUGGCCGUUCGGAAGUGGUACCAGGGUUCCAAGUGAAGCAUCAUUGUGGAAAACAUAUUUUUUCAAGUACACCAAAAAUCCAGUUCAUACACACACACA